CAAAGCAGAUCUUCCAUCAUCUUUUAGCGAAUAUUCCAAGAAGAAAAAAGUAAUGGAAAAAGAUAAAUAUUUAAAUAUAUUUACUGCUUUUAACAGCGCCUGGGAAAGUUAACCCGUGGAUUGUGGAGCAAGCGGAUAUUUCCCAGCUCUGAGGACGCCAGGCAAAAUUAAUUACACAUGGUCCGAUUUAAACUGGGGAAAUAUUUUCCUGAGCGUCCUUGCCAACAUUGCUCUCUCUGCAAGAUUCAACCGCCCGGUCCAUUAAAAAAAAAACGCUCUGAUGUGUUACAGCGUACAUCCAUUGACGUUUAUAACUCGCGCCACCCACAUCAAAGUCAGUUGCAAAUCCUGCCAAAUUCUUCUUCCCAUGCCGUCCCUGGCGACCAGAUUCCUACUGGACGAUUGGCAUACGAGCUAUUUAUUGCAACUCGGGAUCUGGGCUGGGUCCGUUGCAUUUGCAAUGCCGGAUGACUGCGUUUGGGUUUAAAGGGUUCGUAGGGGUUUGAAAAAAUCUUGUUUUUCCCUUGCCAAUUUGCCUUCCACCUUGCAUCGGUCCACGUUGCAACAAACAUGCGGGAUUACGAUGAGGUUACAGCCUUCCUGGGAGAAUGGGGACCCUUUCAAAAGAUGAUCUUCUUUCUUCUGAGCGCCAGCAUCUUCCCAAACGGUUUCUGCGGAUUGUCCAUCGUCUUCGUCGGGGAUACCCCAGAGCAUCGCUGCUCGAUUCCUGGGAAUCUGAACCUCAGCCAAGCCUGGAUGAACAGAACCAUCCCACUGGUGCCAGGAACACAAGUCCAGUACAGCCAAUGCAGUCGCUACCGCUUGGAUGUGAUCAGGAACCUCUCGGAGGUGUUUCCAGACCCAGAUCUCCUCAACGUGUCCGGGAUCGAAGAGGAGCCGUGUUUGGAUGGAUGGGAUUACAGUCAGGACCAGUACACCUCCACCAUCGUCUCCGAGUGGGACUUGGUGUGUAACAAUGACUGGAAAGGACCUUUUUCUAUGUCUGUAUUCUUCCUGGGAGUUCUGGUUGGCACCUUUAUCGCUGGCCAGUUGUCUGACAGAUUUGGGAGGAAGUCUGUUUGGUUUGGAACCAUGGCUGUGCAGACUGGAUUCACUAUGAUUCAAGUGUUCUCGCCAAACUGGGAAAUCUUUUGCCUUCUUAAUUUUUUUGUGGGCAUUGGGCAGAUUUCAAAUUACGUAGCUGCCUUUGUUAUAGGAUCUGAGGUCCUUGGGAAAUCAAUCCGGGUUGUCUACUCUACACUAGGACUUUGCAUUUCUUAUGCAAUCGGCUAUAUGUUCCUGCCUUUCAUUGCAUACUUUAUACGAAGCUGGAGGAUGCUGCUUUUUAUCCUGUCUCUUCCAGGCCUGCUCUACAUUCCUCUGUGGUGGUUUGUGCCUGAAUCCCCACGCUGGCUUUUGCACAAAGGACGGAUACAGGAGGCUGAAGCAAUAAUCCAACACAUUGCAAGGAAAAAUGGCAUCACUCCUCCACCUGUACUCUUCAAUGAUCUUGAGCUGGAAGAGAUGAAGGCUAAAAGUGUAAUAUCUCAUACAAUAAUACACUUGGUGAAAACCAGUAAUAUCCGAGCUAUCACAAUUAUAAACUUCCUUGUGUGGAUGAUUCUAUCAAUUGAGUACUACGGCCUAUCUUUGAGCACACCAAACCUCAACGGCAAUGCCUAUUUGAACUGCUUCUUCUCUGCUGCCAUUGAAGUUCCAGCCUACACAGCUGCCUGGCUCCUUCUCCAGAGACUUGGCCGCAGGUUCAGCCUUUCAGGAGCACUUUUUCUUGGAGGCGGUGUUCUUUUCUUCAUCCAGCUUGUACCAUCAGAUCUUUCAGCGCUUACCACAACACUGGUCAUGGUCGGAAAAUUUGUUAUUACUUCUGCCUUCUCCAUUGUGUAUGUCUAUACUGCGGAGCUCUACCCAACUGUGGUCAGAAACAUGGGCGUUGGAGUGAGCACCAUGGCCUCCAGAACCGGCAGCAUCAUCUCUCCAUAUUUUGUUUACCUCGGAGCAUAUAAUGAACUUCUGCCCUUCAUUUUAAUGGGAGGUUUAACAAUCCUGUCAGCAGUUCUAGUCUUGUUUCUGCCUGAAACAAUCAAUAAUUCUCUUCUGGAAACCAUUGACCAGAUGCAGGACAUCAAGUGCUUCAAAUUUAGAACUCCUUGCAGCAAUCAAGACCGUUCUGUUCAAAACGAAAUGGGUGAAAAAUCUGAUGGUCAUUAAGAAGCAACAGAUUGGACUUGACUGCGGCCGUAAUACUGUAAUGUAGGAGAAAUUGCAAGCAUCUUUUUUGGGGAUGCGUCAUAGAGUAACGUUAUCUCAAGUCACAAUAUGUCCAGCAAUACAACUACAGUACUCAGGGACCACUGUAAAAGACUAGUACAUAGAAACAUAGAAAAUAGAUGCAGGAGGAGGACAUUCGGCCCUUCGAACCAGCACCGCCAUUCAUUGUGAUCAUGGCUGAUCGUCCCAUAUCAAUAACUCAUGCCUGCCUUCUCCCCAUAUCCUUUGACUCCACUAGCCUCUAGAGCUCUAUCUAACUCUCUUAAAUCCAUCCAGUGACCUCUGUGGCAGGGAAUUCCAUAAUUUCACAACUCUCUGGGCGAAAAAGUUUUUUCUCACCUCAGUCUUAAAUGACCUCCCUUUUAUACUAAGACUGUGACCCCUGGUUCUGGACUCGCCCAACAUUGGGAACAUUUUUCCUGCAUCUAGCUUGUCCAGUCCUUUUAUAAUUUUAUAUGUUUCUAUAAGAUCCCCCCUCAUCCUUCUAAACUCCAGUGAAUACAAGCCUAGUCUUUUCAAUAUUUCCUCAUAUGACAGUCCCGCCAUCCCAGGGAUCAAUCUUGUGAAUCUACGCUGCACUGCCUCAAUCACAAGGAUGUCCUUCCUGAAAUUAGGAGACCAAAACUGUGCACAAUACUCCAGAUGUGGUCUCACCAGAGCCCUAUACAACUGCAGAAGAACCUCUUUACUCCUACACUGAAAUCCUUUUGUUAUGAAGGCCAACAUUCCAUUAGCUUUCUUCACUGCCUGCUGUAUCUGCACGCAAACUUUCAGUGACCGGUGUACAAGGACACCCAGGUCUCGCUGUACCUCCCCCUUACCUAACCUAACCCCAUUGAGAUAAUAAUCUGCCCCCUUGUUUUUGCCGCCAAAGUGGAUAACCUCACAUUUAUCUAUAUUAUACUGCAUCUGCCACGCAUCUGCCCACUCACUCAAUCUGUCCAGGUCACCCUGCAACCUCCUAACAUCCUCUUCACAGUUCACACUGCCACCCAGCUUUGUGUCAUCCGCAAACUUGCUAGUGUUGCUCCUAAUUUCCUCUUCCAAAUCAUUAAUAUAUAUGGUAAACAGUUGUGGCCCCAAUACCGAGCCUUGCGGCACUCCACUCGCCACUGCCUGCCAUUCUGAAAAGGACCCGUUCACUCCUACUCUUUGCUUCCGGUCUGCCAACCAAUUUUCUAUCCAUGUCAACACCCUACCCCCAAUACCAUGUGCUCUAAUUUUAGUCACCAGUCUACCAUGCGGGACCUUAUCAAAGGCUUUCUGAAAGUCUAGAUAUACUAUAUCCAUUGGCACCCCUUCAUCCAUUUUACUGGUCACAUCCUCAAAAAAUUCCAGAAGAUUAGUGAAGCAUGAUUUCCCUUUCAUAAAUCCAUGUUGACUUGGACUAAUGCUUUUACUGCUAUCCAAAUGCCCCAUUAUUACCUCUUUAAUAAUUGACUCCAGCAUCUUUCCCACCACCGAAUUCAGGCUAACUGGUCUGUAAUUCCCCGUUUUCUCUCUCGCUCCUUUCUUGAAAAGUGGGAUAACAUUAGCUAUCCUCCAAUCCACAGGAACUGAUCCUGAAUCUAUUGAACAUUGGAAAAUGAUCACCACUGCGUCCACUAUUUCUAGAGCCACCUCCCUGAGGACCCUGGGAUGCAGACCAUCAGGCCCAGAGGGAUUUAUCAUCCUUCAGUCCCAUUAGUCUACCCAAUACUAUUUCUCGCCUAAUGAAAAUUUCUUUCAGUUCCUCUAUCCCCUUAGAUCCUCUGUCCUCCAGUACAUCUGGGAGAUUGUAUGUGUCUUCCUUAGUGAACACAGAUCCGAAGUACCUAUUCAAUUCUCCUGCCAUUUCGUUGUUGCCCAUAAUAAUUUCACCCGUGUCUGCCUUCAAGGGGCCCACAUUUGACUUUGCUACUCUUUUUCCCUUAACAUAUCUAAAGAAGCUUUUACUGUCCUUCUUUAUAUUCCUGGCCAGCUUCCCCUCGUACUUCAUCUUUUCAGCCCGUAUUGCCCAUUUUGUUUCCUUCUGUUGUCCUAUGAAAGUUUCCCAAUCCUCUGGCUUCCGGCUACUCUUUGCUGUGUUAUACAUCUUUCCUUUUAGUUUUAUUCUAUCCCUAACUUCUCUUGUCAGCCACGGUUGUAUCCUACUCCCCUUAGAAUCUUUCUUCCUUUUUGGAAUGAAAUGAUCCUGCGUCUUCCAGAUUAUGCCCAGAAGUUCCUGCCAUUGCUGUUCCACCGUCAUUCCUGCUAGGAUCCCUUUCCAGUCUACUUUGGCCAGCUCCUCUCUCAUGCCUUCAUAGUCCCCUUUGUUCAACUGCAUCACUGCCACGUCCGAUUUAACGUUCUCCUUCUUAAAUUGCAGAUUAAAACUAAUCAUAUUAUGAUCACUACCUCCAAGCGGUUUCUUUACCUCGAGUUCUCUUAUCAUAUCUGGUUCAUUGGACAACACUAAAUCCAGAAUUGCCUUUUCUCUGGUUGACUCCAUUACAAGCUGCUCUAAGAAUCCAUCUCGGAGGCAUUCUACAAACUCAUUCUUGGGGUCCUGAACCAACCUGAUUUUCCCUGUCUACCUGCAUAUUGAAAUCCCCCAUCACCACAGUGGCAUUACCUUUGUUACAUGCCAGUUUUAACUCCUGCUGCAACUUACACCCUACAUCUUUUUGGGGGUCUGUAAAUAACACCAAUUAGUGUCUUCUUGCCUUUACAAUUCCUCAACUCAAUCCACAGUGACUCUACCUCGUCAGUCCCUAUGUCUUCCCUUCGCAAGGGACUGAAUUCCAUCCUCACCAGCAGAGCUACCCCCCCUCCUCUGCCCACCCGCCUGUCCUUUCUAUAGGAUGUAUAACCCUGUAUAUUAAGUUCCCAGGCCCGGUCCUCCUGCAGCCACGUCUCAGUAAUCCCCACAAUGUCAUAUCUACCAACCUCUAACUGAGCCUCAAGUUCAUCUACUUUACUUCUUAUACUUUGCGCAUUCAUAUACAAUACUUUUAAUUCCUUACACAUCUCACCUUUCACAUCGAUCCCUAUUACACUUGGCCAUACUCUCCUAUCCCUUUGUGAGCUUCCUUUCCCAUUAAUUCUGGGGUCAUUAACCAUCCCUUUACUCUCUUUCCCUUUAACUCCAUCCUCGACUAUCCCAUUUGACACCUCACCCCCCUUAUUCAGUUUAAAACCACUCGUGUAGCAGUGGCAAACCUGCCUGCCAGAAUGCUAGUCCCCCACCUGUUAAGAUGCAAACCGUUUUGUACAGUUCCCCCUUACUCAGGGACCACUGUAAAAGACUAGUACGAGAUACAUUCAUCGCUCUACAAGAGGAGCUUCAUCUAUUUUUUGCAAUCUGAAUGUAAAAAAACUCCAGUGAACAUUGAGUACGUCAGUCACUCCAACUGCGUCGAUAUGACUGAUUGCAAAACAACGCAAUCAUCGUUUUGUGUGAUGCCAAUAGUGUGUUUAUCCUUGGUUUCCAUUGACUACAGUUUUACCAGUUUCUUGGUUUCUUACUCGGUAAAAUGUAGUUGAGAUUUCACCUUUGCCUUCAUUCUGCACCAGCUUUUUUGUCCAUGUUUGAGGGAAACCAUUCCCCAGCUACUCUUCUGAGAUACAAAACUGUACAUUUAAAAGCUCUGGAUAUCAGAGUUUAGAGAUUGGAGAUGCGGCGUAGGAACAGGCCCUUUGACCCAACAUGUCCUCGUCGACUAUCUAUCACCCGUACACUAGUUUUAUGUCAUACAAACCAGGGGCAAUUUUACAGAAGCCAAUUAACCUACAAACCUGCACAUCUUUGGAAUGUGGGAGGAGACCCGAGUUUAAUCCUGACUGUUUGUAGGUGCUGUUUGUACGGAGUUUGUAUGUUCUCCCUGUGACUGCGUGCUCCAGUUUCCUCCCACACUCCAAAGACGUACAGGUUUGUAGGUUAAUUGGAUUCGGUAAAAAUUUUGAACUGUCCCUAGCAUGAAGGAUAGUGCUAGUGUACGGGGAUUGCUAGUCGGCAUGGACUCGAUGGGCUAAAGGACCUGUAUCUGCGCUGUAUCUCGAAACAAAGUAAAUGAAAGGUCCUAACCAAACCAACAUUUGUCCAUUCUCUGCAGGCUGACCCACUGAGUUACUCCAACACUCGGUAUUUUGUUCAAGAUUCCAACACAUGCAGUUUCUUGUGUCUCCUUCUUGAUAUUGAUUAGUUUGAUUUCCGCUGUUAUUGAUGGUAUUUAGUUUUGCUGCACUUUAUUCACUUCAGCAAGAUACUUUUGCUUAAUAUUUCUUCCUUGGUAGAACAAAUAUUUUUUUAUGUGUAAGUUAUGAAGCUCUAAUUCAGAGUUAUAAAUGAAUAUUUUAAAUGGCUAUAAUAAGGAGUAAUCAUUGAAUAACAAACUUAAAAAUUUUAUUCAUAUUCUUAAUCAAUUAUCAAUAGCGUUCAAUGGAAAAUCAAAAUGGAAUUUGUGAAAGGUUGCAGAAUGAUGUUAAUGCUGCCCAUUGAUUCAU